AUGACGGAAAGAGAUGCAAAAGUGAGAUGCAUAGACAGCGAGCGAGAAGCUCUUCUUAGCUUCAAGAAGGAUAUCAUUGAUGAGAAUGAAAUUCUCUUGUCGUGGCAAAGCAACGAAUGCUGCGAAUGGCAUGGUGUUGAGUGCAGCGACACCGGUCAUGUCAUCGCCCUCCGAAUCUGCAAUGUGGCAUUUGGAGGUAAGAUUGGCUCGUCAUUACUUGCGUUGCAGCAGCUAAAUACCCUUUCCCUUGGUGGCAAUAAUUUCAGUGGAUUUCCAAUCCCGGAAUUCAUUGGUUCCAUGAAACAAUUACAACACUUGCAGCUUAGCUCGUCUAACUUUGGUGGAAUUGUUCCUCCUCAGUUAGGGAACCUUACCAACCUGCGCUCACUUGAUCUCUCGUUUAACUCUCUGUCUUCUAUAUCUCUUUUUCCGAAUGGUUCAGUAUGGGAAUCAAUCGAAUCAUUGGACUUGUCUUAUAAUAAUCUCACGGGAUCAAUCCCAGACCUGAGAGCAUUUCCUUCAUUGACAGAACUUGUACUUUCAAAAAAUAACUUUACAGGCUCCAUUCCUGUAAGCAUUGGCCAACUCUCCCAACUUCGAUAUCUCGACCUUUCAUCCAAUUCUUUCGAAGGUUUAGUCUCGGAAUCCCACUUCUCAAAGCUUCAUAAAUUAGAGUCACUAGAUUUAUCCUUCAAUCCAUUAUUGAUCUUGGAUAUUGCACCCGAUUGGAUUCCUCCUUUUCAGUUGAGUGCUAUAAAAUUAGUCGGGUGCAAUGUGGGCCCGUAUUUUCCAAAUUGGAUUCGAACUCAGAUAAAUUUGUCGCUCAUUGAUCUCAGUGGUGCCAAUAUAACAGAUGAAGCCCCUAAGUGGUUGUGGAGCGUGUCUCCUUCUUCGUUAAAGUCCUAUACCAUUAUUCCUGCCAACGUUUCCGAGAUUCGGUUGAGUGGAAACAUGUUCUCCGGGUCAAUUUCAUCUAUCUGCAAAAUUCGCCACGAUGAGGUUAAAAACAUUGACCUAUCCAACAAUCAACUGGUCGGAGAGGUUCCUAACUGCUGGGAGAAAAUGGUGGACCUGUUGUCCCUCAAUUUGGCUAACAACAGUUUUUCGGGUGAAAUUCCUCAAUCUUUGGGAGUGUUAUACAACCUCGCUGCACUACAAAUGCAUGGUAAUAAUUUAUCCGGUGAGUUGCCUUACGAUUUGAGACAUUGUCAAGAAUUGAAAAUCAUUGAUGUUGGGGAGAACAAGUUAACAGGAGAGAUCCCCGCUUGGAUUGGCCAGCUGGAUCAAAUGCAAAUUCUAAAACUUCGUGGAAAUAAAUUGCAUGGCAGUAUUCCUCAGGAGAUAUGCGAUCUUACUAGUAUUCAAAUUCUAGAUUUGUCGAUAAACAAUCUGUCUUGGAUAAUACCCGAUAGCUUCUACAGUUUUUGUAACAUCCCGGAUUUUAAAACCCUAAUCUUCGAACCCUAG